AUGGACCUGCCGGAGCCCGACAUCCGGCGUCGCGAGGGCAGCCGGUCCCCGCGCCUGCCCAUCGGCGCUCGUCGCCUGCGUUUUGGCGCGGUGUGGCGUCCGCUGUCCAAAGCCCAUCUGCAGCCCGUCGGCCAGAGCCCGACCCCGAUGCAGCACUCGAUCACGAUGUUCGCCCAGAGGAUCCACAGCCGCAUGGAGGACAUCUUGACUUACGAGCCGUGGAAUCCGGACGACAGCCCCCGGCCAGUGGAUGAGAUCUUCUGGCGCCUGCAGUACUUGGUCUGCGGUCUCCAGUGGUUGCUCGACCACGUGGCGGAGGGCGGCCCCGCGUCGGAGAUAGACAAGUGCUGCGUGAAGCUGGGCGACAUCCUCAGCGGCGGCGGGCGGCGGUACAAACGACUCGGCCGCUACGCGUUGCCGCCGCCAGCGCCGACGCCAACUCCGGUUCCUUUGCCUGCACCUGCGCCCGCGCUGCCGGCGCCUACACCAGCAGUUGAACCAGUCUCCAGAGCGCCAGGUUUUGCCAGCGCCCGCCGAGCCACGACCACGAUCACUACCGCAUGA